UCUAGUAAUGCCUCAUGUCAGCAAUGAGCGAGGCAUGGAGACAAGAGAAUGCUCCCACCCUGGGAGCAGAGGAAAGUAUUCCUCUGCAGCAAAACGUUCGGAGACCUUGGCCCAAAACCAGGAAGAAUGUGACAGGUGCAGAUGCUGGACAUUGUAUCUGAUUUGAGCUGUAAUAACAGAUGUUUGGGUUUUGUCAAGCGCCAGCUUUUCCGGGUAGGAGAUGACUGGUAUUUUCUCUUCAUUCUUGGUGUGUUAAUGGCUCUCAUUAGUUUUGCUCUGGACUUCACAGUGGUCAAGCUUCUCAAAGCUCACCGAUGGCUCUACGAGCAGUUAGAGGACAGCAAUCUUCUGCAGUACAUUUCUUGGACUGUGUACCCUAUUGCAAUGACCACAUUCUCCACUGGCUUCUCUCAGUGUGUGUCACCACAGUCAGGAGGUUCAGGCAUUCCAGAACUGAAGACUAUUCUGACUGGAGUACUUCUGGAGGAGUAUCUGACUAUGAAAAACUUCGGAGCAAAGGUUGUCGGUUUGACAUGUUCCCUGGCAGCAGGAAGCACAAUAUUUUUAGGAAAAGUGGGUCCCUUUGUCCACAUCUCCAGCAUGAUUGCCACCUAUUUGGGAAGAAUUCGAACUACAGUCACCAGGGAUUAUGAGAAUAAGAACAAGCAGUAUGAGAUGCUGGUGGCGGCAGCAGCAGUUGGGGUCGCAAGUUGCUUUGGUGCACCUGUCAGUGGUGUCCUGUUCAGUGUGGAGGUGAUGUCAUCUCAUUUUGCAGUGCGUAACUAUUGGCGAGGCUUCUUUGCUGCCACAUGUGGCGCAUUCAUGUUCCGACUUCUUGCUGUGUUCAACAGUGAACAAGAAACAAUCAUUGCUCUUUUCAAGACAAAAUUCAAAGUUGACUUCCCAUUUGAUUUACCAGAAACGUUAAUCUUUAUCAUCCUUGGGAUCAUCUGUGGGAUGCUGAGCUGUGUCUACCUAUGCUGUCAGCGCAGGCUGGUAGGAUACAUCAGGAGAAAUGCUUUCAUCCUGAAACUCGUGGCAGCAGAGAAGGCAGUGUACUCUGGACUUGUAACCUUACUCUUGGCGUCCAUCACCUUCCCUGGCAGUCUGGGGCAGUUCAUGGCAUGCAGGCUCACUAUGAAGGAACUUCUCUCUUCACUCUUUGAUCACCGGUCCUGGGGUGUGCUUUCUCUAAAUGCAACACUUAACAUCCAAGCAAGGGUAGAUCCUGACAAUCUGUGGAUCGAAUGGUGCCACCCAUCCUUCACUUUUUUUGGCACACUCCUCUUCUUCUUAUUCAUGAAGUUUUGGAUGCUGAUUCUUGCGACCACAAUGCCAAUGCCAGCUGGAUAUUUCAUGCCGGUGCUUAUAUAUGGUGCUGUUAUAGGUCGUUUAGUAGGAGAGGUUAUGGCUCUUAUAUUUCCUAAUGGCAUCAAGUCAGAAGGAGUCUUGAACCCCAUAAUCCCUGGGGGAUAUGCCCUUGCAGGGGCAGCAGCAUUCUCCGGAGCUGUGACCCACACACUGUCCACAGCGCUGUUGGUAUUCGAACUCACAGGACAGAUGGCGCAUUUCCUCCCUGUUCUAUUAGCUGUACUUGUGGCAAAUGCCAUAGCACAGAAGUUCCAACCUUCCUUCUACGAUGGAACCAUAAUUGUGAAGAAGCUGCCAUAUUUACCCAAAAUACGGAGCAGUGACAUUGGCUCUUACAAUGUGACAGUGGAAGAGUUCAUGAACACCAAUAUCACAUGUUUGGACAAAAGUUUCAGCUACACCGAUAUCCUGCGGCUGGUGACCUCGUGUUCUGAUGAUGUAUAUCCUGUUGUAGAGAAUUCAGAAUCCAUGGUGCUCGUGGGAUCUGUUCAAAGGAGUGAGGUUGCCAAAUUCCUUCGGGUUCAAAGGGAAGAGAAAUGCUGCAAGGAAAACUUACAGCUGAAAGGAGUGGAUAUAACCCUUUGGGAAAAGUGCCACAUUGAUCCAGUAACAUUCCAGCUGUCGCCAAGCACAUCAUUACACCAGGCGCACAAACUCUUUGAUCUCCUUGUCCUUCAGCACAUGUUUGUUAGCUCCGCAGGGAAGGUGGUUGGGUUUGUAACCAGGAAUGAGCUAAAGAAAGUGAUUGAAGAUCUAGCCAAUGGCCGUAUCCCAGUCAAGAUGUAAAUAUUACAGAAGAGGACAGUUGUGCACCAUUUUACAUAACACAGUGACGUCUUACUCGGAUUUUCUGUUAGCGCGAUAUUUCACAUCACACGCUCCUGCAGCAAUACCAGCGAACACACUAAGGUUUGAGUGCCCACGCAAUGCACUCAAGAUGUGCCUCCUACAAUCCAAAAUGUUUCACAAAAGCUAAAAUUCCUGCUUUGAGUUCCUCUUUAUUUUGAGCUAUAGAACUUACCCUAUAUAUAUAAAAAAAAGUGAUAAAGAGAUGGGUUACAGAAUCAGAUUCCAGCUUGGGGAAACUAUUAGAACUGAAUUGUAAUGUUAAAUCUUGUAUUGACUCCUCAGAAGGAUCUGCUAUCUAAAGGAAGGGGCACCUUGGAGUGACUCUUCUGAAAAAUCCAUUGUAUACUGGGAACAGUCAAGAAAUAUUCAAGAAACUAUAUUCUAGACUGGCCCAAGCAAUGUUUUGCCCAGGGGUACACAUGCUCUUAUGUCGGAGGAUGAAAUAACAAGAAAUCCAGAGGGGUUUAUAUGUCAGUGCAAAGACAUCACCACUUAUAUUUGAGUGUGAGGCACCAUAACAAGAGGAUAAACCCUUCAGAGUGCCAUCUCAUAUAUAUAAUGUUUCACCCAAAGCUUGUUAAAUAUGAUACAAUACAAUGUAAGACACAAAAGCUUUAAUACCCUUCCCUUGUAUUCAGGCCAGGAGCAUCUUCUAUUAUUGGUGCUGUAUAACUCUCAAUCCAAUAUGAGAGGGUAGAGGUGGAGAGGGAAUGGUCUUUGACUUGAAAACUUUAAGAAAAAUAAUCAUUUGGCAGUUUUCCUUUAGGCUGUGUUUCCCAGAGACUGGCUGGGAUGCUAUUUCCACAUAAUCAUUACAAAUGUCAAUGAAGCUCAAACCCUUCCAAAUGGUGCUCAUUGCCACCAGUGGACAGUGCUGGCCUUUGGCCUUACUCCACAACAAGGGGUUGUACCAUGUGCAUGGCUGUGGAUAUUUAGAUAUUGCACUUCCAUGUUUCAAAAAUUUAUCAGCUGCUUUUUAAAAAAUGUUUUCCAACCCAAACUCCCCUCUUCCUGUUGUGUUCACAUCUGAGAUUGUUUGCAGAAUUUUAGAACACAUUCUAUAAUAAUCUAAGAAAUAAAAUAAUACAGUUAAA